GACUUGGCGUGCGUCAGGGGAGCAUCAUGAUUUUCCUGAUUAGAUGAGCUACUCUGCGGCCGCUCCCUUGACCAUCAUGCAACCCACAGCACCAUGUCUUCAGCAGUAAACAUCACUCCCCAGCCUAACAGCCAGAAACGCAAAGGCGGUCGCGCGCCACUACCAGAGGUCGAAGAGAACUUCACGCGACUUCCGCCAGGACCCGGCGACAGGACCGAACGCGCAGUAUGCAAGCAUUGCGCCAAAGAACGCAGCUGGCACACGACCGAGCUGGUCAAGCACCUGGACAAAUGCGCUCAAUACACGCCUUCCAAACGGCAGAAAUAUACGCGACCGUGGCGGAUUGAAAGACCUGGUGAGGGUAGAUCGCCGAAUCAACCGCAAUCGCAACAGCCGUCUCCCCAACAAUUGCAGAGUAAUGGUUUAGACCUUACGAGCCGUAAUGUGCGAGUCGGACCCACCGGCAUGUUCCAAUGGGAUGGCGGAAUGGUCACUGCAAGACCACCGACCAGCAACAAUACCGAUGGCAGGGCGGGGGAGGAUCAACAUCAAGCAGACGGCGUAGAAGACGCAGAACCACAACCACAACCCCAGCCACGUCCACAACAACAGAACCACCACAACCUCCACACGCCCUCCCAAUCUGUCGGCGGAACAACCGACUACACAACCACCCCCACCUUCCCACAGCGACACCCUCAACCACCACAGCCUCCGUCGUCACGCCCAUCAACCCUCCCUCCUCCCAUCGCGGACCCAGACCAACGUCUCCACAGCUUCAUAGACUAUGAGCGAGGUGCAAUGGCAUGGCAAAACAGACCGGAAGAUCUAGACGCCAUAGAAGCAUGGUUACAACAUCACAGAUUCGACAUCGAAGACAUCAGAGAGAUUUCGGAGAACAGAUGGGCGGAUUCGUGGGGUCUCAAGUUGGGAGAUUUGUACAGGAUGAAGAGGGAUGUGCAGACUUUCAAGAUCUUUUCUGCGAGGUAAGAGGUGGGGGCAAACGGUUCGAGAGGGAGGGGUUGUGAAGGGCGAUUGCUUCGUCUUUGCGAAAGCCAGAAGCAUAUAGCUCUGGUACUUUCUCUGUCGAUGACAUCUCUCACUGACCACUGGGAAGGAUGUAUCAGGCUUCCAAUAUGUAUACAUAGAAACGACGCAUAUGAUCCAGUACAAGAAUGUCCAAGAGUAUACCAACAGUUGGUUUC